CUUCAAGCUCAGUGGCCUGCAGUCUGUGGCUUGGGAAAGUGUGGUUGUGCAGGCUCAGGAUUUCGUUUUCUUGGUUAAAUAGUUCCACAAACGAGGCUUUCCAGACCAACCCAUUCAAGUUUUCAUACAUGUCCAUGCAUCUUGCAGUAGUCUUCUGUGUGCAUACAGCCUAUUGACGACUGAGACAAGAUGAAGUGGAAAUGGCUGUCGUGGUCACUGGUGGUGCUGAUUGUGUCUCAGACCCUGCUGACCAAAACUGCAGCAAAUGAGGAGGCUGUAAAUGCCAUUAGUAUUGAGAAAUCAGUGCUGGACUUACUAACUCCACUCAUAGGAGAUGUGACCACAGCUCUUCAAGGUUUCAUUGACAUAGGCAAGAUUGGGAUGGGUGUUGCAAAGUUUAUUACUAUAAUAAGUGACCAGACUGAUGGUAAUUUAGUUCCUAAGACCAAGACCCAUCAUUGGCGUUCCCGCAGACAGGCCUUUAAUUACUUACAUAUAUUCAAUGUUUCCCUGGAAGACAUGAACUUUGGCUCAUAUAUUCCCUUGGCAGACCGGAAAAUGUUAGCAAUGUUUGAAGUGCUUUCUGAUCGUCUGGACCAAAUGGAAAAUGGAGUCAAUGGAGUAGCAAACUCACUGCGAGACCUUGCCAAUGGGAUGCAAAACAUGGUGAGAUGGGAAAUUGCACUCAACACCAUGGAAGAGUACAUCCGGCCCAUUAACACCUUGUACAGAAGAUUCCGUCUAUACCAGAAAAUGAAAGACAAAAUUGAAGAUUAUACUCUUAUGGACUUUGCCAAUACUGUCGUGUCCCAUGACACUCACUCAGUCAUGUCCUUAAUGGCUCACCUGCACAGUAUGGCAGCACCAGAGGCAUCACUACGAACAUCAUCCCUUGACGAGGCACUGUCUGUUUCAGCUUUGAAUGACCCAAGAUUUUUCUACCAUGUGAAUGAAAAAGUAACACGCAAGAUGAUACUACAAGAAAAAUUGAUAACUGAAAACAUGCAUGAUGAUAAUCGCCCUGAACAACUUUCACUUCGUCCAAGCCUCUUCCGUAUGCUGCAAGACACCUUAAAAACCAGUGAUAAUUGCCACUUGCACCAAUCACCACAGCAACUGAUUGAAGGACUCAAUAUAAUACUUGCCCUCACUGAGGCACGAGGAUUUGCAAUGUUGGAGUUCGCAUGGAUGAUUUUAAGAGUAUAUAAUGAAGGCAAUUUUACUGUAGAACAAGAAGUAUCAAAGAAACUGUACCUGCAGUAUUCUGAAGAUAUUAUGAGUGAAGCAAAGAGUGUUCUGGACGAGGUACCUCGGGAAUUCUUCAGAUGUGAUCCACGGCACCAUGAAGAAGGCGAAACAUAUAUUCAGUUGACUGAACUUUUGCAGGGCUAUAUAGAAAAUGAGGUUGACAUGAAUGCAGAUGGCUCAUGUUCACAAAACUGUGGGUAUUACCAACAUGCUAGAAACGAAGGAUGCUACAUGCCUCAAUCCCAGUACUGUGGCCAGCAUCGACGUUGUAAUGGCAUCAUACAUGACUGUAAGUUCUAUGAUGCAGAUGCCACAGUGUGUCUUUCUAGAAAACCCUACAGACGGUAUGACUCCAUCACCUAUGAAAAUCGCAAGCAUCUAGGAAGCUACCAGGAUUGCAGAGGCACAGAAAUGAAGGUGGACUCUUGGUGGAGAUUUUUGUAUCACUGCUCCUAUUGUUUAUGUCUGUGUGAUGAUGGUAGCUCCCCCUCAAGUGAUCGUUACAUCAGUCUGACUCCUGCCCUCAGUGACCUACAGAAGAACAUGAUAGUAACAGGGGUGAAGUUUACUAAACAAAGGCGAGUGAUCCACGUGCAGAUACAGCAAGGGCAGGUACUUCCUCAAGGCCAAAUUAAUAGUUCAACCAUUCAAUGGGUGGAAACAGAGCCCAUUGUAAUUAACAAUCUUAAUUACACUGAAGGUACAGAUUACAAGAAACUGUCAUUUGAGGACCGCAGCAUUGAUUUAGACAAACUUGAAGGACCUGGGGGCCAUGUAGUUACUGGUGUACGCUUCAGAAUGCUUGGUUCACACUUAAACCUAGAGAUUAAAAUUACACCAAUCAACUACACGUCUGGAGUGAUGCAGCCCAUCAUGAGCUACUGGAUUAGUAAUGACAACACUCCAGCCAUGGCAAAGAACCCUAGACAAGAAAUUGACCUUCAUUCCCCUGAUGACCCUACCAAGUUCCCAGCUUUGUCUAAGAUUGACUCUCUGCCCGACACAUUCAUGCGAUUUGUUCCCACAGACCGAGUGAAAGAUGUUGCUCAACUUACAGUUCCUUUCUUUGACUCACAAACUGUGGCACCUACUCCUAGUUCUUGGCUAUCAGGCAUAGAGCUCUUCCAUAAGGGCCAGCCUGGGUCUGGGGGAUUCUUGGCAAUGAAAGUCUUUAAUUAUGAUAUGACACCUCACAUGGAAGUAAGCAGUAAUGAACCUAGAACAGUAUUAUUGCCUAAAUCUCAGUAAGCAAUAGUGUUUCCCUUGAAACAGAUGAUAACAUAUUUUUUUAAAGCCACCUUGGUAUAUGUACCAUUAUUUUCUGAUUAAAACUGUAUGAAGCCUUUGAUAUUUACUAUAUGAAUAUUUUUAAGAAAGAAUUUUCAAUUUGGAUGUAACAUGUUCAUCAAACUUAAAAAUUCAUUGAUAUAAGCCACACUUUCAUGAUACAAGUUCCUUAGAAAAAGACUAUGCUGAAUUUUCUUAUUGAUAAAUUUUCAUAAAGCAUCUCUCAAAUUCAAGAAAUUUACCUAAGCAUAUAUAUAUAUAUAUAUAUAUAUAUAUAUAUAUAUAUAUAUAUAUAUAUAUAUAUAUAUAUAUAUAUAUAUAUAUAUACAGUAGUACUUCGUAAUUCAAACUUAAUUGGUUCUUUUGGGCUGUUCAAGCUGGGAAUGUAUUGGGAAGCAAUUUAUCCCAUUCAAAUUAAUGUAAAAAGAAUUAAUCCGUUCCAGGUCCCAUAAUCCCUUUAUUUUAUUUAUUUUUUUUAUUUAUUUUUUUUUUUAUUUCAGUGGGUUUAUGUUGCUAAAUAGGAUAAGACUGAUAGAGAAUGAAAAUGGAAUUAUACGAGUGAGAAAGGAUGAAGCGAAAAUGACAGAAUGAAUGAGGGAGAGAGAGCGAGGUAUUACUCUGUUGUCCCUUAUGUCUGACAGAUAAGGAGGAGGGGAGGUGACAGGGAGGGAGUUUGAGACAAGACGAAAGAGGAAGGGAGGGGAAAGGAACAGUGGGAGGAAGGGACAUACGUGUAAGGGGGGAGAGAGAGAGAGAGAGAGAGAGAGAGAGAGAGAGAGAGAGAGAGAGAGAGAGAGAGAGAGAGAGAGAGAGAGAGAGAGAGAGAGAGAGAGAGAGAGAGAGGGGGGGUGGGUAGAUAGAGGGAGGGUGGGAUAGAUAGAGGGGUGAAAGAAAUGGGGAGGGAUGGGUUAGAAGGGCAGGGAAGGGGAGGAGGAACGCAAGAGGGACUAUGGCGUCGCUUGAACGGGUGUGUUGAAAAUGGAAGACAAAAUUUGUUCGCCAACCCUGUUUGAAUUGGAAGUGGUUUGAAUCGAAGGACGUUCGAAUCACGAGGUAUGACUGUGUGUGUGUGUGUGUGUGUGUGUAUAUAUAUAUGUAUGUAUAUAUAUAUAUAUAUAUAUAUAUAUAUAUAUAUAUAUAUAUAUAUAUAUAUAUAUAUAUAUAUAUAUAUAUAUAUAAUCACAUACAUACAUACAUACAUAGGCGCGCGCACGCGCGCGCACACACACACACACACACACACACACACACACACACACACACACACACACACACACACACAUUCCGAUACUAUGCUACUUUAUAAAGUUUAUAUGUGAAGACACAAUGUAUGAAAAGAAAAUAUGUGUUCAUCUGUCUCCCUACUCCCAUUUUGUUGUUGUUUUCAGUAUAUACUCAGGAAAAUAACACACCCUAACCUCUCUGAUUUAACACUGAUCUUUUUUCUAUCACUUAUUUGUAAUUCAGUUUAUACCUUAUCUAUAUAAAUUUCCCAUUCCUAAUGACUAAAUUUUAGUAUUCCUAUGAUUAAGUAACUACUUUAUAUCUGGUACUAACAACUUUCGCAUAGCAUUCAUUUACCUUUUAUAGUAUUCCUGUCAUUAAUUAGUUUAUAACUGGUACUAACAACUAUGACAUUCAAUUACCAUAGAGUAAACCUUGAUAUGCUACGUGUUGAUUACUUGCUUUUCCAGCAGGCUGGUUAGAUUUAAAGCUCAGUACCUUCAACUAAUUAAGAAUUAUAAUUUAUAUGAGCCUGUGUGUGUGUGUGUGUGUGUGUGUGUGUGUGUGUGUGUGUGU